AUGACGACAAAUGAGCUGCCAGCCCUAAAAAUUUAUUGGGAUGAACUGGUUGAGCUGACGAGUGUAGUGAAUUUUGCACAACUACAAGUCGUAAUUAGAAGGGUAAUUGGGCUAAAGGAUGGUGACGAGAUAGUGAAGAUUUAUCUACGAGUGCCUCGGUUCGAUGAACAUGGAAGAUUUCAAAAAUAUGAUGGUUUUCCUAUGGACACAGAUGUUCAUAUGCAAGCAAUGUGGCGUAAUGUUUCGCGGACGCCACAAAUGAGGGUACUUGAGUUUUAUAUUGUGUACAAUCCGUUAUCUCAAGUACGUGCGGAUGGAGACGACUGUGCGGAUGUAGACGACUCUGUGGAUGUAGACGAUUGUGCGGAUGUAGACGACUGUGCGGAUGUAGACGAUGGUGAUGAUUUUAGUGAUGAGGAUGAGGAAGAAGAACACUUCUACGGGGCCGUUGCUGAUGACAACGAGGAUGAUGAUGAUGAUGACAUCGGUGGUGAUAAUGGAGAUGGCACCCAUGGUGAGAAUGUCGGUGGUGGGUCGGAACAAAAUACAGAUCAUUUUGAGUCGCGCCUUCCUCAUGAGUACACGCAUCAAAAUGUUGACGACAUGUGUGUCAAUAUGAAUCUGUGGCCUAAAGAAAAUGCAAUAUGGGAAGCAUGCAAAGAGUUUGAAUUGGGGAUGGUUUUUAGUUCGAGGUAUGCUGUCCAGACAUGCGCGGCGAGUUAUCACAUUGCAGCUAAUAAAGAAUACAAGAACAGUGUAACAACUGGUAAAACAAUAGUUCUUGUGUGUGUGAACAAUGACACUUGCAAUUGGAGCGGCCAAUCAAUAAACCAAGACCAUCGCAAUUUAAGAGCGCGACAGAUAGCUGAACACAUCGACACGCAAUUGCAUCUGCAACGUGACAUUAGGAUUAAAACGCUUCAAGAGGGCAUUUUUCAAAAACUGCGAGUUAGGCCCGGAUACAAAAAAACUUGGUAUGCCAAGGAAAAGGCCAUUGCAAACAGGUUCGGACAAUGGGACGACUCUUUCAAGGAGAUUUGCAAUUUUAUGACGAAUGUCACCGUUGCUAAUCCCAGGACAGUCUGGCAUGCUACCGGUACACCAAUUGAAAACAAUCCACAAUUCAGAACUUUCAAGCAUAUGUUUUGGACUUACGAGCCAGUGGUGAAGGGUUUUCAGUAUUGCAAGCCUGUGGUUCGGAAACUGCCGCAUCCUGGAGGUAUUUCAUGA